AUGUAUUUCAUCGUACAGGGAACUCUAUCGUACGGGGAAGAGUAUUGUGAAGAAAGAUGCGAUAAUAGUUUACCAUAUGAAGCAUGUUCAUCAAAUAGAGGAUGCGGUUGUCUUCCUCUCAGUCAUAACAAUAAAAGUUCUAUUUGUGCAUUUGUAUAUGCCACUUGCUCUAAAUUAUCAUCAUGUGCUGCUGAUAAUAAAACAUGUUAUCAACCACAUUAUAUUUGUGUGAAACAUUCUCGAUGUCACACUAGUCCAUUAUGUUAUCCAAUGCACAUGACAACUCAAUCAAUAUGCCCAACCAUAUCAACAACAAGUAUUAAUAUUAAAUUUAAAACUAGAUCAUUUUGUUUUUGUUUUAUAGCCGUAUCUCCAAUACCUGAUGAUGGCAUUUGUGAAAAUGCAACAUGGAAUACUAAUGGUAUAACAAUGGCAGGAGGAAAUGGAUCAGGAUCUGAAUUGAAUCAACUUCAAUUUCCGUCUGGAAUAUUCUUAGAUGAUGAUUCAAAUCUCUAUGUUGCAGAUGGAUUUAACCACCGAGUCGUUAAAUGGAAUUAUGGAUCUUCAGUUGGUCAAUUAGUAGCUGGUGGAAAUGGUGAAGGAAAUCGAACCGAUCAACUUAGAUAUCCUAAAAAUCUAAUUGUCGGUAAAAAUGGAACAAUGUUUAUUUGCGAUGGAAAUAACCGAAUCUUAAAAUGGGAAAAAAAUGCCCGUGAAGGAGAACAAAUUAUAGCAAACGCAUCAUGUUACGGAAUUCAUGCUGAUAGACGAGGUUCAUUAUACUACUCUCAAGCAGGUUAUCAUCAGAUAAUAAGAUGGCCAGAAAAUGAAAUUGUUGCAGGUGGAAAUGGAGAAGGAAGUCAUUUAAAUCAAUUAUUAUUUCCAUAUGAUUUCUUUAUUAAGAACGAUAAAUCAAUAUUUAUAGCAGAUGGAGGAAAUCAUCGAAUUUUAGAAUGGAUUAUUGGUGAUAAACAAGGUUCUGUUAGAGCGGGUGGAUAUGGUCCAGGACAUAAUCUUAGUCAAUUUUAUCAACCAAUGUCAGUUGUUGUUGAUCAAUCGGAUGCUCUUUAUAUAGCUGAUUAUGAUAGUGAUAGAAUUAUGCGAUGGUUGAAAAAUAGUAAAUCAGGUAUUGUUAUUGUUGGAGAAAGAGGAGAAGGUAAAGAAAAAGAUCAAUUAGAUAGACCAAUACAAUUAUUAUUUGAUAAACAAGGAAAUUUAUGGGUUACUGAUGAGAUGAACCAUAGAAUUCAAAUGUUCAAGAUUGAUAAAAGUUCUUGUAAAACAUAA